AUGGACGAGGAUGACAUUGACGCGCUAGACCUAUCGGUAAAGCCAAAGACUGUGCGUGUAUAUAAAUCACCGCAACUAGAACCUGAUGCUUCAUUAUCACGAAGAACAGAGAUAUCCCCGGUUGACAAUGUAGUCGAUGCUGAGGUGAAUGAUGAACUACGCCUGCCCGAGCUAACACAAGAAAUAAAGCUUAAGCCUAUAUUCAGAAAGAAACCAGUGCAACCCAAUCAAUCAUCAUCCCGACGGACAGGAAUAGGUCUGAUUGACGAUGGAGCUGAAUCGGAGGUAAAGGAAGAACCAACUUUUCCCACCAUACAUCGAGUAAUAAAACUUGAUCCCAAAUUCAGAAGGAAACAAGUGAUACCUGAUGUAUCGUCCUCACGAAGCAGAAGAGUAUCCCCAAUUGACAAUAAACCUGAAACUGAGGAGUCAAACGACAAUGAAGACGUUCAACUAAACAUCAAACCUUCCUUGACCUUCCAACGACGAGACCCAAAUGAAUCAUCAAAACGACGAUUGAACUUGUCCAAAUACAAAGUCAGUCAUAAGAAUGAUGAAGAAGUUAUAGAACAAACUGGUGGAGAGAGCGUAAAAGAAGUACCAAAUGACCAGCCCCUCAAUGAAGAUCUACUUGAAUUCGACAACGACCCUGAGAAUAACCCCGUAAUUGCCAACAUUGACACCUUGGACUUUGCUAUUCCUGCCGUAGGAGAGUUUUCAUUUCGGAGAGAUUUCAAGGUUGAUUCACCUAGAUCACCGAGUGAUGAAUCAGCAUCAGGAUCCCGUCAAUCAGACAACAUUGAUACAAGCCAACCUUCCAACCGCUUUGCUUCAAAUAAUCCCUCGUAUGUUCCUAUCGCAUCCAAUGCCGAGCCAAGUUUAUCCAAACGAGAAUAUCUCAACCAAAUUGCAUCUGAGUACAACGACGAUAAGAAUUAUGAUGAUGGUGCAGCGACAUCUUCAUCGUUGAAUCAAGAGCUACGACAACAACAACCAGAUUACGAAGCUGAACGUAACCACGACUAUGAAUUGAAUGAUGAGGAUAUGGGAGUGCUUAAGCAUAAUGUUGAUUUUGAAAAUAAGUACAAUGAUGAGAUUGUUAGUGAUUAUGGAUCUGGUGUUAGUGAUGGUGACUAUGAUUAUGAUAGGUACGGGUCCGGUUAUGGACCAAGGUUUGGAUCUGGUCAUGGGAACGGCUAUGGCUAUAACACUGGGUAUAAUUAUCAAAGGAUGAAGCCAAAACCGGCCAAAAUGAAAGUAUACACGAUCCAAGAACAAAUUGACCGAAUUGAACAGGAGUUGAAAUUGCAACGAGCUAAACGAAUGCAGAAAGAAGUGAAAAGAGGUAAUGUUUUGAAACGCAAGGAUGAGAUUCAACAGAAACGUGAAGCAUUAGUGAAGAAAUUAGAGGAUUGGGAAAUUUAG